GCAGGGGGGAGAGGGGCCGCUCGCCCGGGCCUGGAGCUUGGCUCUAUUGUGCAGCAGCUGCCCAGGCCCGAAGUCCCUCGCUCGCAGUCCGUCAGCGCGCGGGUCCGAGGAGCCUCCUUCCUUCCCGCCGAGGCUCGCCGGGGCCUGAGGGCGCUGCCUGUCCCGAAGCAGGAUGAAGCGUGCUGGCAAGCUCAGCACCUCGUCUCCCCCAUGAGCUCCCGUCGCAGGCAGAAGCUUCACUCCCAGUACGACUCCGCCGCCAUGUUGUUCUUCCUCGUCCUCCUCCUCCUCCUCACGGUCUGCGGUGGCUCAGUCCCGACUCCUCUGCGCGCCCUGCGACGUGGCAGCGCUCCAGACACUCAGCAGCCCGGCCAGCAGAGAGGCGCUCUGUCCUGCGGAAGGGGCGAGCAGCGACGACGCGGCCCAUCCAGCCCGGCUCCCUCCGGCUCCGCCUCAGUCACUGCGCGGCCGCCAUCUUGGUUUCACCUCUCACUGGAGGCGCGGGGUCUCCCAGCCAGCGGCGGAACGGGCCGCCCGCCAGUGUUUAAAGGGACAGCAGCCCCGACCGGGCAGCGAGUAGGGUUUGUGUCUCUGAGCACGGUGCGCUACUGGUGGCUUCACGGAGCACUGGCAGCCCCGCACCGACACCACCGCGCCCAGCACCGCCCCCACGCAGCGAACGGCACUGCCGGGAUCGCUGCCGGAGCUGCGCGGGCGGGACACCCGUGGACCCGGCCCGGGCCGUUACCGCGGGCCCAGGGAGGGGCGGCGCAGGGUGACAGCGCCCUCGGCGGCGGUGCCGGCUCUUCCCGCGCCUUGCGCAGGGCGCUGCCGGAGCAGAGGUGACCGGUAUCGCAGCGAGAAGGGGGUGUCCGGCAGCCGCGCGUGUGCGCGGGGCGGCAGUGUCAAACGCGCAGCCCCGGGUCCCACCGCAGAGGAGACGUCGGGGAGCUGUGAUCACCCAGGUUCGCGUUUGUGUGGCUGCUCUACGAGCACAACCGAGAUGGUCACUCGCAGAAGGGUUUUUUCCUUCCUUCCUUUUUUAUUUUCCUGUCAUACAUUGCUGAGUGAGCCUAAAGUUAAACAGCUUCUGACUGAGCGGCUGUUGGAUCUCCAUAGGCAGAGAUAGGAUCUAACAAUCGCAGUAACAAACAGAAGCUGUCGAGACUCUGCUUUUGCCACUGCUGCCAACAUCUGAACAUAUGUUUGACAGAUUUCCCUAAAAUAUGCAAACACAGUAGUCAUUUGGGACACUACAGACACACCACUGUGUGAGUCCACCUUAUAUUCUAGGUACACUACACACAUGGGAGCUCAUUGCAAUUUAAAUACUCUAUUAGAUUGAUUUAUUUUUAUACUUUAAAGCAAGUACUGAUAUUUGCUCAUCAAAGUGAGUUAUACCAGUGCUAGUUUGAGGCAAACCCAGAGAUGAUAAACUUUCAGUCCCGAAUUCAUUACACUCACGAGGAGGCCCCCCGUCAAGCACUGUUUUCCUUUCUCCACUUUCAAGUUUGCUUGCCAUGUGAUGAAGUCAGUGCCCAGCUACAGAAUUGGUACUUGGUUUCCCAGUGGCUCAGAUAAACCUUUGCUUUCAGGCCUGGCUCUGUUGCUUAAGGACUACUUAAGAACACAGAUGCGUUCAGGAGUAUUGUUUGGGUGCCCUUAAAGUACCUGAAGGCAUGUUGUGCUGGCUAAUGCAAUGAAAGCUUUGAAAAGAUUUGAUUGCUAGAACUGCAGGUUAUGGGCCCAAAUGAAGGGAAACCUCAUGAAGCAUCUGCACGGAAAGCACUUCUCACCUUUGUUUGACAACCUGUGCAACCCUUGCCCUGGGAAGUGCUGUGCCAGAAUUUCUCUCAGGCAGCACUGGAGAUGGAUUCUUGUGACUUCAAAAAGGAAUGAGGACACUUAGAUAAAUCUCUGUGGGACCAUUACAGUCAUUUACAAUUUACAAAUUGUACCCUCUUGUGGCCAUCAGAUUAAGCAUAGACCACACUGUUAACUGCAGUUUGGUUCUUUCAGUGUUUCUUGUGAAUUGAAAACAAGAAGUUCAAUCAGAUUUCAGUUUAUAGUUUGCUAUAUGAAAAUUUUGGGUUCAGCUUCUCUUAAUUUGCCUUGUAUUAUUUUGAUAUCAGUCUGAAAAAUGCUCAGCCCAACAACAGUGCCCACUUGUCAGGGUUUUAUCCCAAUUCUCAUUAUAUUUAGCAAAGUGUUUCAUUUUUUUCAAACAUUUGCACCCCAGUGCUUCCAACAGAAAGGGUGGGCGCUGAGGGCAGCUACCCAUCCUGGAAAGCAGACGUGAAAGAAAAAAAUCCCACUCAGCUUAUUUUUCUUAGAAUCAUGAGUUGGAAGGCAAACAUGUGUCAAGUUGUACCUCAGUACCUUCCCCCCGCUUCCAGGGGGAAUGGACUGUGUCCAGAAGGAAAUAUCUUCAGGGAUUGUGAGAGGCCAUUCUUAGCUGAGUUAAAAGGUUAAGCUCCUUAGUUUCUGUAAAUAAUAGAGGACCAUGCCCUGGCAGAGGUUUUGGCUCACCAGGAAUUGAGUAAUAAGUGAGGAAAUGGAGUAUUGAAUACAGUUUUAAACUUCUCCUAUUCACAGGAAAGUAACUGCACGUGGAUCAGUGUAAUAGGAAUAAGCCUAAACUGGGUUUACCAACAAGGGCCUCUUGCACAGCAGUCCAAGAACAAGAUAAUGAAAUAAGAAGUUAUCUACUUCUAAUUUGGGGAAAGAAAAUUACAUUGUUAUAAUGAGAUCAAACACAUAACGUGGAGCUAUACAUUAAAGCACUGUUAAGAUUUCCUAAAACUCCUAGCUAAUUACUUUCUGGCAAAAAAAAAACCCCAAAACCACAUAUUGAGGAAACUAAAAAUUUCAGACUUCAUUAUGUAAAGCUAACUGCUAGAAUAUUAGUCAGAGCUUGUCCGAGUAUUUCAAUAUGGCUACAUUCAGUAUGUGCAGACACGGUUACAAUCCAUACUAUAUAUACACAUAUGGAUACUGGCUACGUCUUCUUGUUCCCAAGACACGUUUUGACUUUUUCCUAAAAAAGGCUGUGGAAAAUGAACAACUGAGUGAAAAGAAACAUUACACAGAAAAACUGUAUCAAAGUAGGGGGAGUCUAUAAAGAUGUCUCUAAAGAAGUCAGGAUAUUGUGAUCAAGGAAGAGGGGAGAUUUUGAAAAAUAAUUUUCUAGUUGAGUGAGGAAGUGAACACAGCAGUUUGAAAUAAAUACAUACAAGAAAUAGAAAAAAGGCAAACCUAGCAAUCAUUGCAAAUUCUAAAGCAUAGAAAAAUGGAUGAGGACCUCAAGGGAUGUGAAUAAUUGGAAGUUCUAGGAAAGCUCAAGUUUUCUAAAUGUUAACACUAUUAUAGGCCUAUUCUAUCUAGAUUAUUUAAAACGUUGAUAUUGAUUAAAAAAGUAGAUUUGUUUAGUAAAUAAAUUUGUUCUAUACUUGAAAGAAUGUGUGAUGUAUUUGUAUCAUAUGAACAAUGACUAAAUGCCUUCCUGGUAAUUAUUAAGAUGGAUAUUGAACAAGUUUUCUUA